AUGCAACAUCGCCACAGGAGAGGCAGCAUCUCGCCCGUCACGGAUUUUCUAUUAGACGUCCAAGAAAAUGUCGAACAACAACGUGAAACUUUCGUCAACGAGUGUGCUGUGGAUGGUGCAAGAUUUGGCCGCGCAUUGAAACGUAAUAAAAUCUUAAAUUUUGCGUCGAUGGCUGAAAAAAAAAGUGUUAAAGUCGCUGGAAAAGUGCAUGAGUUCCAGAUGCAACGUGAUUUAUUUGGUCGAAUGAUUGGUUUAUCAAUGCAGCAGAAAAUAGACAUUGCAAAAAUUUUGUCCUACCCACUAACGCCUGUUCCAAUGUCGCUGUGUCAUUUGGACGGAAAAAUUUGCAAGGCUAAUAAGUCAGUGUUUUAG